CUAGUGCGUAUUUUAUCCUCUCAACUAGACUCUCCCAUUCACUACUACACGACCCUCAACCACCAAGAGUGUCAUUUAAUUAUACAUAUAUCAUUCCAUCACUAUUAGUAGUCGUCUCUCAACCUCCAAUUAAUCAAAUUAACGAUUACCAAUGAUAAGAACUUGAGAUGUCUCCUCUCCUGUAAUCUCCUUAAUAAUAUCAUAAUUCAAGACUCUUUGCUUAGUAUUUUCCCCCUAAAUUAAACAAUAAAAUGUAAUUUAUAUAUUUAAUUAUUAAUUGCAAAGGUAAUUAAUUUUGUAUUCGAUAAUACCGAUUGGGAUACCAAAGUACCGAUUGGGAUACCGAAAUAUUUAGGGAUUGGGAUUGGGAUACCGAAAUUAUUUAGGGAUUGGAAUUGGGAUUGACUUUAGGGCAUAAUUCGGUAUUCAGGAUUUUGGUAUUUUGUAUUGGGAUACCGAUACCGUACCGAUUUCCACCCUUACUCACCACAUCCAGCUUACCAUAACAUUUCAACGAAGCCAUCCUUCCGCUUAGGGAUGGCAACAAAACCCGAACCCAUGGGUACCCACCCGACCCAACCCGGUCAAUGCAGGUAAAAUCCAUGUUGACGGAUUUUGGGCCGGGUUCGGAUUUAAAUCCGCUACACUAUUCACCGGGUCGGGUUUGGGUUUAGGUAAACCCGCCCCAUGGGUACCCGCCCACACACAUAUAUUUAAUUUUCCGGGUAUAUUUAAUAUUCUAAAUAAUAUAUCUUCUUUAGACAACUAAUAUUUUUUAUAUUUGUGGAGACAUGUAUAAUUUGUUCAUUCUAAUUGUUUAGAAUGAAGUUGAUAUUAUGAAGUGGAGAGUGAAGAAACUUAGUUGACGAGGAAGAAGUUUUCAAUUAAUCUUAUUGUUUAUGGAUGUUUAUCUUUAAUUUUGAACAAUUUGUAUUGAUCAUUUGCGGUUUGCUUGUAUGCUCUAGAUUGUUAUUUUUUCUAUGAUUAAUUUGUAUGAGAAAAUUGAUGUUACUUUUAUUUUGAAAGAAACUUGUUAUUGUAAAAAUUUUACCACAAAAACCCACGGGUACCCAUGAACCCGCGGAUACCCAGCGGGUUGGGUUGGUUUUGAGUUUUUCAAAGCCAACGGGUUUUACCCCGGAUUUUUUUGGCGGAUAAACCCAUGAGUUUGGGUUUGGUUUUGACAAAACCCGGCCUAACCCGACUAUUGUCAUCCCUACUUCCGCUGCUUCCUAACAGUGACAAUAUUAAUGAGUUGUUUACAUACAAAUUUUUGAAACGAAAGAUAUAUGACAUCAUAUUAAUUAGUGGUUAACCAAUACCAAACCGAAUACUACCCUAAUAUUUUGCCAAAAAUUAAUAGACUGAUGAAAUUUUUGGUAAAUAAAGAUUUUGUAUUAUAUUCGCUACUUUUUUUAUUUUAUUUUACCGGAUGGAUUUCCAUCCGCACGCUUACGGUCCGAGGAGAGGAACGCCACCAAGAAAUAGCGAAGUCCCACGGCAAUGGCGGCCUCUUAGUAGUUAAGAGUUGCCAACCUCCUCGUGAACUUCCGUUCCCCGCCGACCACAAAUUCUCGCUUUUCCUUCCAGAGGCUACUACAAUCCCUCGAUGGCCUCUAUUACUCCGCAUUCCGCUUCUUUCCGUCCCGGACGCCGCCGCCGUCUACACUCAUCGCUUCUUAAUUCGUCAUUGUCGCCACGCAGCGUUUCACAGCUUAACUUGCGCCGCUUAUCAAAACCUCGCCCGGCGCUGCGAGCUUUGGUGGCUGCGUCUUUGAUCGACGACAAAGAGGGAAACAGAGGACGGAUUAGGCAGUGUGGGAAUUUCGCAACGGCGGCCACGAAGAGGAAUGUGUUCAGCGAGGGAAUAGUGAGCGCCGGCGGCGAGGAGGAAGGAGGGAGUUCAAAUUCCUUUGAGGACGAGCAUUUCGUGCGGUGGUUCCGAGAAGCUUGGCCCUAUCUCUGGGCACAUAGGGGCGGUACUUUUGCGGUUAUUAUCUCUGGUGAAAUUGUUUCGAGCCCUUACUUAGAUGCAAUUCUCAAGGACAUAGCAUUCCUUCAUCACCUGGGAAUUAGGUUCGUGAUCGUCCCAGGCACUCAUGUUCAAAUUGAUAAUCUUUUGGCUGAGAGAGGGCUUGAGCCUAAGCAUGUGGGGCCCUACAGAAUUACUGACCCAGAAGCUCUAGCUGCAUCAAUGGAAGCGGCUGGCAAGAUUCGGGUAAUGAUAGAGGCUAAACUUUCUCCUGGACCUUCCAUAUGCAAUGUGCGCAGGCAUGGUGACAGUAGCAGGUGGCAUGACGUUGGAGUCAGUGUUGCUAGUGGCAAUUUUCUCGCGGCCAAGAGAAGAGGAGUUGUUGGAGGUGUUGACUUUGGGGCAACAGGUGAAGUGAAGAAAGUAGAUGUUGACCGUGUGAUAGAGAGGCUUGACAGUGGUUGCAUUGUUGUGCUAAGCAACUUGGGCUAUUCAAGCUCUGGUGAAGUUUUGAAUUGCAACUCAUAUGAAGUUGCGACAGCUUGUGCCUUAGCAAUUGGUGCAGACAAACUUAUUUGCAUCAUGGAUGGUCCUAUUCUUGAUGAUAAUGGGCACCUCAUUAGUUUCCUAACUCUUGAGGAAGCAGACACUUUGAUUCGUGAGCGGGCUAAGCAAAGUGAGGUAGCCGCUCAUUACGUGAAGGCUGUUGCAGAGGAGGACCCUUCUUAUUCUGUCAAAGACGCAGAUUCUAUUUCCAUAGUUCCUUCCUCACAGAAUGGGACAGCUGUCAACACUAAACACAAUGCAGCAUUUCACAAUGGUGUUGGUUUUGACAGUGGAGGUGGAUUGUGGUCAGGUGAACAAGGUUUUGCCAUUGGUGGUAAGGAAAGACUUAGUCAAUCUCACGGUUAUUUCUCGGAAUUGGCUGCAGCAGCUUUUGUUUGCAAAGGUGGUGUCCAAAGAGUUCAUCUGCUAGAUGGUACAAUCGGCGGGGUUUUACUGUUAGAACUCUUUAAAAGAGAUGGGAUGGGAACUAUGGUGGCUAGUGACCUAUAUGAAGGAACCCGAAUGGCUAGGGCGAAUGACCUUGCUGGAAUAAAGCAGAUCAUACAACCUUUACAAGAAGCGGGAGUUUUGGUCCGAAGGACUGAUGAAGAGCUGCUUAAAACGUUAGAUUCGUAUCAUGUGGUGGAAAGAGAAGGUCAAAUCAUUGCUUGCGCUGCUCUUUUCCCUUUCUUUGAGGAUAAAUGUGCAGAGGUGGCAGCUAUUGCAGUUUCUUCUGAUUGCCGUGGGCAAGGGCAAGGAGACAAAUUGUUAGAUUAUAUAGAGAAGAAGGCAUCCUCACUGGGUUUGGACACACUGUUCCUCCUGACUACCCGGACUGCAGAUUGGUUCAAGAGACGCGGGUUCUCUGAAUGUUCAAUUGACCUGAUUCCCGAACAAAGAAGGAAGAAGAUCAAUUUGUCUCGUAACUCAAAAUACUACAUGAAGAAGUUGCUUCCUGAUACAAGUGGGAUAACGCUCACUACCAGGCCAAUCAGCUGGCAAUAAAUAGCAAUAGGUAAAUCAAGUCGUGACUUGCUACUUGUAUAGAUGCGCAGUAUGCCUCGAAUCUCUAUUGGCAUUUGGCCUGCGGCUUGACUUGGAAUCAGAACUUAAGCAAACACUCAAGCUAGGAGUUGUUAGUGUUUAUCCUGAUGUAUAUUUUUUAUUGUAUAGAAGUCUGUACUUCGUGAGUUUAGAGGGGACACCAAGGAUUCCCAAGAGAAUGAUGGCUUGCUGAAGAAGUGGAUUGUGUUGGAAAUGAAUAGCUUUGAAAGUUAUAGAGUUUUAAGGAAGAAAAACUACCACAUUGGUGAAAUGUGUAUAAAGAUAGAAGCCUCUCUCCUAAGGGCAUGCCCUUCUGUCCAACUAUAAUUUUUCGGAGAAGUUCGUGGGUUGGUUGGUUGGUUGGUUCAUCUUGAGACUAAAAUUUUUUGGAGAAAUUCUGAACGAAAUUAAUUAUCUAUUAAUUAAUUAUUAAUUUGUUAUUCUUUAUCAUAGAUAAAUACGAGUUGAAAAAGGAUAAUCGAUUAAAAGGAAUAUUCGAAGGAUAAUCCAACAAGAUUUAUCUUAACCGACUCGAUUUUAAUUAAGGAGUGAUUAUCUCAUUAACUAGUAACUACCGUGACUUGUUCCCCACGAAAGAGGAACAUUCUGGGGGACUCGGCUCCUAUAAAUAUUAAAUAGACGACCCCUCAGACCCUUUAAACACACCACAACGAGCAGAAACACAAUAGAGAGAGUGUUCAUAGAGCUCCGGUUUUCGCACAAAACCGCGAGCAUACGAAAGGAGCUGUUUUAUCCUGGAGACGACCGGUUGAUAGUAUGCCGUGCGCAUCGAGGGUAGUACGCAAACGUCUUAAAGAGAGCGACCUAGUCCACGACUCAGCUCCAGAUUCGGUAACCUCGUUCUUGGUUGUUGUUCCGUUUCGAACAACUUGAUUAUGUGAGUAUGAUGAGGAGUAGAGGGUGCAGGCAAUGAUAAUGUUGUUCAAGGGACAUGCCCUGAGUUUGUGGAAGACAAACCGGAGGGGCAGAUUAUCCCUCCAACAGUGACCUACUAGGAGUUCAUGAACAUGUUUUGGGCUAAUUUCUUUCCUCUUGUUGCAUGAUUGUACGACAAACAAAGCGAAUUUGAUGACUUCAAGGAAGGAGGUAUGUCAGUUUUGACAUAUUAGUUAUUACAUAAAGUUCUUUCAUAUGGCGGAGUGUGACAUUGAGACGGACCGAGAUAAGAAGUUGGCCAAGAAUUCUUCGGAACCUCAGAUAUACAAUUCAGGGGGAGUUUCCACCGAUGGUAUGUGUAGCAGCCAUUACCUACAUCAAACACGAUGCCCUUAGGAGGGAAAACUUGGAAAGGGCCAACAGGGAAUCAUAUGUAGACGACAUAAGAGGAAGGCUCAUACCCAGCCGUUCCAUUUGGGACCAAUCAGCCAGCGGCUGUGGAGGGAUAGUAUGCUUUUAGUGUGGCCAGUCUGGUCACCUCCGACAACAGUAUCUGUAACUCGUCAUAGCACUUGUAUAGUCAGUGAGAUCAGUUCAAGGGCAAAAAACAACAUCGUUGGUAGGUUUCAGGGGAAGGCCGGGAGUUAUUCUGGAGGUUGGGGUAUGAGGGCUAAUUCAAAAGCUCUUCAACAUAAUUUCAAAAAUUUGGUACCGUUUUGUAGAGCGCGUCACCAGGAACAUCCCAUUGCUCACGAAAUCGAAUUCGAGCUCAAACGAGAGACAAACGCGAUUUGGAAAUUUCCGAUGUAAAAUAGUCUAAUAUUUAAGUUCUAAAACUAUCUCAGACUUUUCAAAAAUAUGAGGUAUCAUUCUGUAUAUUUGUAUACUAAUUGUAAUCGGCUCGUAAUUUCUUCAUUUGAAUGACGAACACUUCCUGCCUACAAAAUUGUCAUGAUAAAGGGAAUUUAUAGGA